AUGGACUCUUUACAGAAGAGAAGCCCUAAUGAGCCUGUUCGAGGCGGAGAGAUCAGUGGGCUCCCGAGGACCGAGGCGACGCUUUUCUACUCCACCAAAAUCAACAUGGUGCUGAACUGCACAGAAGUACACGACGUAGUGGAGCAGUACUUCCUGCCGCCAGCGUACGGCAUCGAGUUCUGCAUCGGGUUUCCUGGGAAUCUGCUGGUGGUUCUGGGCUACAUAUUCUGCCUUCCGAAUUGGCAGAGCUACAACAUUUACCUCUUCAACUUGGCCGUGUCCGACCUGGUUUUCCUGUGCACGCUGCCGCGCCUCUCCUACAUCUACGCCAAUCACGAGUACGAGAUAAGGCCAGUCGGUUGCAUCUUGAAUGGCUACGUCUUCUACGUCAACCUCUACUCCGCCAUCCUCUUCAUGCUGUGGCUCAGCAUGGACCGGUUCUUGCUGAUAAGAUACCCAGCCCGGGACCACUUCCUGUUACGGCGGAAGACGGCGUUGGCCAUCACCGGACUCAGCUGGCUGGUGGUGAACCUGGAAGUGAUGCCCAUGAUAUCCCUCAUGGUGCAGGACCUGCGCCGCAGGAACAACAGUCAGUGCAAGGAUUUCGCCAACUUACAAGGGAACGUGAACACCUUCGACUACAGUCUGGCGCUCACCUUCACCGGCUACAUCCUCCCUCUGCUCGGGCUGUGUGGCUUCUCCCACCAGAUCAAACGUCUCCUCCAAAGCCAUGAAAGAGCUCGACAGCGCAGAAACACAUUUAAGCGACCUCUUAGGUUUGUCAUGCUCGCCACCACCAUCUUUCUUGUCCUCUACACUCCCUACCAUGUGAUGAGAAAUGUCGGGGUGGCGUCUCAACAAAGCUGGUUCCGGCCACCGCUUUGCACAAGGAUGUACAUCGAAGUCGCGUACGUCUUAACCCGACCUCUGGCCUUCUUGCACAGCGUCGUCAACCCUGUCUUCUACUUCCUUAUGGGGGACAAGUUCAGAGAGCUUCUCUUGAGCAAAAUCGGAAAGUUACUAAGACGGAACGGCCAGUCAGAAGAUAAAAGUAGAGGUCAUCCGCUCUCUUGA